AUGCCAGCCAAGGUUACCCCCGAAGACGCAUUGGAUUUUUCUGCCAUUGCAUUCGACUGGGCAGACAGCUUUGAUACCAAGGUAUGCUCCUGCAACGGACAGGACUGGGACCGAUUGAGACACAUCUUGGCGCCAAUACUCGAUGUUGACUACUCGUUCCUGUCUGGCCCACGGGAUGAGUCAAUGACCGCGGAAGACUUUAUUGCAUUUGCCAGCGGCGAGAAUAUGCUUGGCAGUUCCCUAAUCGACACCCAACAUCUUAUUGGGGCGUCCAAGUACAAUUGGAUAUCCGAAACGGUGGUACAAGGGGCGCAUCAGGUUCGGGCUGCGCAUCAAAAGUAUACAGACAGCACCAAGGCCACAGUGGAAGCCAAGGGCCAUGGUCAUGCUCUGGUUUACAUCAAGUACAGCAAGGCUGGCGGCGAGUGGAAGUUUUGCGGCAUCAAGCCAACCAUGUACUGGACCAACGCUAGCUCUGCAAGACAAUCAAGGCGCAAGGCAAGAUGCCCUCCGGCUGAGCAAAAGGCUCGUAAUGGAGCUUGGCCAGCCACCCAACGUGGCAGUGGAUUUGGCCUAUUCGGUACAGCAACUGGCUCGCGGUUUGGUGUGUACAAUUCGCUCACCAUUGUGUCUCUUGCACAGCCAUUGAUUACCGUCGCGGCUCGGGUUGCUAUCAAUCUGAGGCUUUUUGAGUUGAUUGCCAGUGCCACUGGCCCAGUCACCUCCACACGGCUGGCCUCGGAAUCCGGCGGAGAAGAGCUGCUAAUUAUCCGCAUCCUACGACCUCUGUCGUCCGUUGGAAUCGUCAACGAAGUCGGCGAGAGGCAAUGGACAGCAACUCCAGUGACUCAUGCAAUGGCAUCCGAGGGAAUCGCCGCAGGGCACAGAAUGAUAGGCGAGGUGAUUGUCAACACGGCCCAAAAGGCGCCAAAGUAUCUCAAGGAAUAUGGGCAUCGAUGCCCAGCCAAUCCACGGGACGGCCUUGUGCAGUUUGCCUUUCAGACCAAGAUGACGACGUUUGAGCUCUUGAGUUCCAUGCCCGAUAUUCUCAGAGACUUUAAUCUCUUCAUGGGCAACACGAUGGGCUCUAGAAGUUAUUGGGUUGACUGGUAUCCCGUCCAGGACCGGCUGCUCACCGGCCUCCAUGGCCAGUCGGCGGUGCUCGUGGACGUGGGCGCUGGCAAAGGCCAUGAUCUGAUGGCAUUCCACGAAAAAUAUGCGGGACAUGGUCGAUUGGUUCUUCAAGAUUUGGCCGCGGUCACUGAUCACGUCAAGGAUCUGAGCGGCGAGAUUGAGAUUAUGACGCAUGACUUCUUCACCGAACAACCAGUCAGAGGUGCACGAGCAUAUUUGUACCACCACAUCCUGCAUGACUGGUCUGAUGAAAAGUGCCUGGAGAUCUUGGGGAAGCUCAGGGGCGCCAUGUUGCCGGGUUACUCUAAGCUGCUCAUCCACGACAUGGUUAUCCCCGAGAGGGGGGCGUCGACGCUCCAUGCAAUGCUCGACAUGGCCAUGAUGGCCUUUAAUGGAGGCAUGGAGCGAACCGAAGCGCAGUGGAGGGAAUUGCUCGGCAGGGCUGGUUUCGAGGUUGUCAGGGUUUGGCUGCCAGCACAGGAAGAUGCAGAUGGUAUUGUUGAAGCAAUGGUAAAUGCGUAG